AUGGUGCUGCAAUAUCAUCCUUUAAAUGAGAUCGCAAAGAGCUCCGACCAUCUCCACCUCUUCAAGCUUUGGCAGCCAGAGGAGGACCGCCACGGUCGUCGCGCCGUAGUCCUCGAGGCUCGCAUGGACGCCGCCAAGCGCACCGUCUUCCACCUCUCUUGCCUCCUCCUCUCCUUCCACGGCCUCUCCUUCACACUCCUCUUCAUCGCCUCCGUCGCCGACACCUCCUGCCGCGGCUGGUGGUUCCCUUGUAGCCUCUCCCUGACCACCUCUCUGGUGGUGACCGUCGCGGUGCAGGUCGUCGUGCGCACCUACUGGCGAAUAUUGCGGCGGCUGCAGAGGGAGCGCGAGGACGAGCGGGCUCUCGCAUGGUGCGUGAGGGAGAUGCGGAUGAAGGGUCAGUCAGAGUCGUACCUAUGUUCGACGGGGCCUGAAGCGACAGAGUUUAUUAAAUUUAGUAUUCCACAAAUAAAAUAA